UCCCGAGCGGCUCGGGGCGCACCGGAGCCAGCGGAGCUCACGGAGCCGCCGCCACCGCCCCGAGACCCCCCCGCCGCCGCCGCCCUGCUCCCCCCCGCCGGCACCAUUCCCUCCCCCGGGCGCCAGCGCGCCCCGGCCGGGCGGCGGCUCAGCCUGGGCCGCAAAACUUUGCUGGCGGCCGCGGCGGGGGUGGUGAUGGUGCUGGUGCUGGUGGUGCUCAUCCCGGUGCUGGUGAGCUCCGCCGGGGCCGACGGCCGCUACGAGAUGCUGGGCACCUGCCGGAUGGUCUGCGAGCCCUACGGCCCCGCCGCCCCCCCGCAGCCCGCCGAGCGCGGCCCCCUCCCGCCGCCCUCCACGCUGGUGCAAGGUCCGCAAGGAAAACCGGGCAGACCGGGGAAACCGGGACCGCCGGGACCGCCCGGAGAACCGGGGCCGCCGGGGCCGGUGGGGGCGCGGGGGGAAGCGGGAAGACCGGGACCGCCGGGAUUGCCGGGGCCGGGGGCUACGGGCGCGGUGAGCGCGGCCACCUACAGCACAGUGCCGAGGGUCGCCUUCUACGCCGGGCUCAAGAACCCCCACGAGGGCUACGAGGUGCUCAAGUUCGACGACGUGGUCACCAACCUGGGCAACAGCUACGACGCCGCCUCGGGCAAGUUCACCUGCGCCAUCCCCGGCACCUACUUCUUCACCUACCACGUCCUCAUGCGCGGCGGCGACGGCACCAGCAUGUGGGCAGACCUCUGCAAGAACGGGCAGGUGCUCCUUUCCCAUCUCAUGUGCCCCCCCCGGCCACGAUUCGAGGGACAAGACGCGGCUGUGACCCCCGAGCUGUCACCCGAGCUCCAUUCUCUGGAUGUCACCGCAGCCCGGCAUCCUCGCCGGGAUCCAUCCCAUCCCACCCCGCUCCCGCUUCCCACCGCUUCCCCCGGCAUCACCCCCUGCGGUGCCUCCUUGUUCCGAGGAUGUGGGACCCCGAAUUAACCCAAAGCUGAGUUUUCACCCCAAAAAGCAGCCGGGGGGUGGCGGUAGGCAGGAGCCUUGUCACAGCCACUGUGCUUCACCCCUCGGCUCAGAGCCCUUCCCAGCGGGAGCAGGAGCUGCUCGGCAGCUUUUCUCCAUGCAAACAGCUUAAAUUUCCUUCUUUGGGGAUUUUUUUGCCUUCUCCCACCCUCCAGCCUCAAAUUUUGGGGUGUCCCAGCGCUGCUUGGCACUGCUGGCUCUUCCUCCCAAGCAGCAUCUGUGUAACUCUGAACUGAGCACCCCAAAAACUCACCUCGACCCUUUUGCCUCCCCCAAAACGUAUAUGGGGACCACCCCAAACCUCCCCACCCCUCAGCUCUGGGGGAUAUCGAUGUUCUUGGAUAAAUGUCCGGGAGCUGGGGAGCCCCUCGUCGAGAGGAGCCGCACUCGGGCGGGUGAUGCAGCUUAAUUAACCGCUUGUUAAUUACUAACAGGGCAUCACCGUGCUGAUAUCUAUGACAAAGUUCCCCCCAAAAAUGCCCCAAAUAAUU